CUGCCGGAAUGCAUGACUACUUAACUAGUUGACCGAAUGCUUCCUUUUUUUAAAUUAUUUUGAAAAGAGAGAACGAAAAAUGAUCUGGUGCCUGAAAUGACAGCCUUUUUUUCUUCAUUUAUUAUCGUACAAAACCAACACACCUCCAGUGAUACGUCAUCUAGGAGACGACGUGAAAUCCUAGCGACAAAACAUAUCUUUUCUAAACAAAUCGCUAAGAAAAACUAGUCGUUUGUGCUCCGAAAAUUUCGGCAAAAUGAUCUAGUUUCGUCACAAUAAUAAACAUAUCAGACGUCGAAUCAGCUGUUUUGCAUUCUAACAGAUCCAAAUAUAUCUGCGCAUCACCUAAUUUUAAUUUUUAUUAUUAUUCGAGCUGACAUUGUCUUUCUAUGACAGAUAAGUGAUCUUUGUCCUCAUUAUCAAUGAAAAAAGAAGGAAUAGGUAUUAUCUAACGUUAGUAUGGAUUAUUUGUUAUGAAAACCUUUCUUUUCUGUUGCACCAGCCGUUGUUAAUUCAAGAGUCGUACAUGAAUUUUUAUACCUCAAAAAUUAUUAGCUUACAGAAACAUGGCAAAACUUCGCCAGUUUUUGCUGUUGAUUUGGAAGAAUUUUAAAUUACAAUGGCGGCAUCCUUGGAUCACUCUUCUUGAGUUAGGAGUUCCAGCAAUUUUCUCUCUAUGUUUGGUUUUAGUACGGUCUUUUAUCAGCUCUAAUUAUGUGACUGAUCCAACUUUAUAUGAACCUUUCAACAUUAAUGGACUGCCAGCUAAUUUGACUCCAAGCUCUGGACAGUGGGAAAUCAUUUAUGCCCCUGAAAGUGUAUUUUUAGAUAAAAUAGUAAAUAAUGCAGCUUCAAAAUUGAAUGUGUUAUAUAGAGGUUUUAAUGAUGAAGACAGUAUGCUUGCAUUUGUCACUAAUACAACAAAUGAUAUACUAUCUGGAAUAGUUUUUGAUCAUACAUUAGAGGAUGGUCCAUAUAAUUCUACGAAUAUUAAAUAUAAGAUUCGACCGGGCAAACCUGAGAGCGGGAAUACAGUUUUUCAAAACACCAUACCAAAGUGGCAAACACAGUAUACAUUUCCUAUUUUUCCUGCUUUGGGGCCAAGAAACAGAUUCCUGGGUUGGGGUGGAAGUCCUGGUUAUAUGUCAAAAGGAUUUUUGAGUAUACAGCAUGCACUUGCUACAAGUUUUAUGGAGAUAUUUGCUAAUGAGUCUGAUAAAAAAUUGGAUGUUGAUAUUGAAAUGUGUCGUUACCCAUACCCUCCUUUCUUGGACGAUAAUUUUAUUCUGUCUUUGCAGUCAUUUUUUCCAAUGAUAAUAUGCUUCAGUUUCAUUUAUCCAGCUGUAAAUAUAGUAAAAAAUAUAGUUGUUGAAAAGGAGAAGAAAUUAAAAGAAUCGAUGAAAAUGAUGGGUUUGAGUAAAUGGCUUCAUUGGAUUGCUUGGUUUAUCAAAUAUUUCCUUUUCCUCAUCUUGUCUUGCAGUGUCAUGACAGUUUUACUUUGUGUAAAAUUUACUAAAGAUCUUGCUGUGAUAAAUGCGACUGAUCCUUCUGUUAUUCUGAUAUGGCUCAUAGUGUACACUGCAAGCAUCAUAUGUUUCUGCUUCUUUCUCUCAACACUAUUUUCUAAAGCUAAUUCUGCAACCUCAUUUGCUGGCAUCAUUUUUUUCUUAACCUUUACUCCGUAUUUCUUCAUAAUGCCUCGUUACAAUACUAUGUCACGUGCUGCGAAAAUGUUAUGUUGUUUGGUCCCAAAUCUUGCAAUUGCAAUGGGUUCGAUAAUUCUCGCAUUUUCUGAAGCUUCAGGAGCUGGAUUGCAGUGGGACAAUAUAAGUGAGCCAGCCACACCAGAUGAUACUUUAACUCUUAGUAUGACUCUGAUGAUGUAUUUUAUUGAUUCUAUCAUAUGCCUUCUUUUAACUUGGUAUAUUGAAGCAGUAUUCCCUGGAGAAUAUGGUGUCCCUGAACAUUGGUAUUUUCCUUUUACUCGAUCUUACUGGUGUGGUCAAAAUCAAAAUUUGUCUGAUAUGGUAGAAUUUUAUAAUUCUGAAAUCAAACAGUCUGAAUAUUUUGAAAAGGAUCCGGUGGAUCUUAUGGCUGGCAUUCAAGUUCAUGGUUUAACCAAAGUAUAUGGAAAACGUAAUUCUCCAGCUGUGAAUAAUAUUAGCAUAAACAUGUAUAGAAGCCAUAUAACUGUUCUUUUAGGCCACAAUGGUGCAGGAAAAACUACCACGAUAUCAAUGCUUACUGGUUUGAUAACUCCAACAUCUGGCACUGCUAUGGUUAAUGGUUAUGAUAUUUGUGAAGAGAUGGAUAGUGUGCAUUCAAACUUGGGAAUUUGUCCUCAACAUGAUGUUCUUUUUGAUGAACUAACUGUGGAAGAACAUUUGUAUUUCUUUUGCAAAUUGAAGGGAUACAUAUCUGAUUUGGUACCUUCAGAGAUUGAUCGCAUUAUUUCUAUUUUAAAUAUGGAAGAAAAACGUUAUACAAAAGCUGAAGCCCUCUCUGGUGGUUGGAAACGAAGAUUAUCUGUUGGAAUAGCUCUUGUGGGUGGCUCACGAAUUGUAAUAUUAGAUGAACCAACGUCGGGUAUGGAUCCAUUUAAUCGAAGAUCGCUUUGGAAUGUGUUGCAAGCUGAAAAAGAAGAUCGAACAAUUCUGUUGACAACUCAUUUCAUGGAGGAAGCUGACGUCCUUGGAGAUCGAAUAGCUAUAAUGGCUGAUGGCGAAGUACAAUGUUGUGGAUCUCCAUUGUUUCUCAAAAAGAAAUAUGGUGCUGGUUAUCAUUUAGUCAUGGUGAAGGAACCAUCUUGUGAUGUAUCUGCUGUAACUAAUCUCAUUCAACUUUAUGUGCCCAAUGCUGAAAUGUUGAGUAAUAUUGGUACUGAGCUGAAGUAUCUUCUUCCUCAUGACAGUAGCCACUUGUUUCCCAAUUUGUUUAGUGAAAUAGAAAAAAGGAAAAAUGAACUGAUGAUUUCCGGUUAUGGAGCAUCCAUAACUACAAUGGAAGAAGUUUUUAUUAAAGUUGGCCACAAAACUUCUCAACAAACAGAUGAAAAUUCAGAAAUACCUGGAGAUUUGGUAGCUGCAAAAGAAUCAACUUCAUCAGGAGAUAGUGGAAUCCAUGUGAUUGCUGCAGAUAAUGACUCAAGUACAGAAAUUGAUCUCCAAAGUGUCGAUUAUCAGAACGAAGAAAGAAAUACUGGACUUCAAUUGUUUCUUCAACACCUAGAGGCUCUUCUUAAAAAACGUAUCCUGCACACAGUUCGUAAUUGGACAUUAACUAUUCCGCAGUUAAUAUUACCUCCAUUUUUUCUAAUCAUAACUCUUCUGAUGCUGAAAACAUUGCCCAAGCCUGAAGAUGCACCUCCUUUGCUUUUAUCCAUUGAUUCUUUCCAUGGCUCUUUGGUUCCUUAUGAUGUUAAUAUGAAUUUCAAUGAAACUAGAGCGCUUGGAAAUUUUUUUUCAUCGCAAUUUACUGGGCUUAACAAGCCAUAUCAGAUCAAUUCCACUAAACAAAAUUUGACCAGUUAUCUAUUGGAAGUAGCUGCUGAAGAUCUUGGCAGGUAUAAUUUACACAAUAUGGUAGCUGCAAAGUUUGAUUUUAAUGGACCAAAAAAUAAAACUUUAAUUACUACUCUGUUCAACAACCAAGCUUAUCAUUCACCUGCAAUUGCUUUGCUGGAAGUCCAUAAUGCUAUUUUGAAAUUCUUGUCUAAUAAUGCAUAUUCAUUUAAAGUUAUAAAUCACCCACUGCCACGCUCACUUGAAGAUAAGGGACAGGAGCAACAAACUGAUAUGACAGAAUCUUACCAAAUUGCUCAAGACAUUAUGUUUGGGAUGUCAUUCCUUGUUGCCAGUUUUGCUGUCUUUAUUAUUAAAGAACGUGCUUCAGGAUCAAAGCAUUUGCAAAGAGUUAGUGGUGGCAAUUUGUUCUCCUACUGGUUUGCAUCAUUUUUGUGGGACUUGUUAAACUACCUCAUUCCAUGCUGUCUGGUUCUUGUUGUGUUCAUUGCAUUUGGUACUGAAGGUUUCAGCUCAGCAGCAGGACAAGGCCGUCUAUUUGUGGUUUUCUUGGUGCAUGGACUUUCUAUCUUACCUUUUGUAUAUUGCUGCACUUUUCUAUUUAUGUCUCCAUCAACAGCAUAUGUUCGUAUUUGUCUUUUUACCAUAUUAGCUGGUAUUGCAACUCUUUUAACAGUGACCAUUCUAGAAAUUCCUGGUAUAGGUGUGAAAUCUGUUGCUAAAAUUCUGGAUUUUAUUUUCUCUAUAUUGAUUCCAAAUUAUGAUUUGGGGCGGGCUGUUGCUAAUCUGUACCAAAACCAUCAGUUCAACAAAUUCUGUAAUAACCAUGAUGUUCAAUUAAUUUGUAGAUACCACCUUCCUCUUGAGGCUUUCAAACCUUGUUGCAAAGAUGAUUGUGGCUCCACUUGUAUUCCAUGGGAGGAAAAUUACUUUGCUAUUGCAAGUCCUGGCAUUGGCAAGCAGUUGAUAUUUUUUGCAAUUCAGGCAGUCCUGUUUACUUAUAUCCUUGUCUUGUGUGAGAGAAAUUUCAUCAGGUAUCUAAGAUAUAAAAUCAAAGGCCACAAAAUCACUCCAACAAGCAUUCCUACUUUAUCUGAAUCAAUUGAGGUUGAAAAUAUUGAAGAUGAUGACGUCCGUGCAGAAAGACUGAAAAUCCAAUCCAUUGCUCUGCCAGACUUAUUCCUUUGCAACCAUUUAGUCAUCAGAGAAGUGACUAAACAGUUUGGAAAUUUCACUGCUGUGAACAAAUUAUCUUUCGGAGUCCGUAAAGGAGAAUGCUUUGGAUUACUAGGAUUGAAUGGUGCUGGCAAAACCUCAACAUUCAAAAUGAUUACUGGCGAUACAUCUAUUACAUCUGGUGAAAUAUAUGUUGAUAGCUUUGAUGUCAAGAAAGAAAGCAGAAAGGUUCAGAAACGAAUUGGUUAUUGUCCACAGUUUGAUGGCCUCAUUGAUCAGCUAACUGGAAGAGAAACACUUACUCUGUUUUCUUGUCUCAGAGGCAUACCAAAACAUUUGAUAGCUGAUCAAGUGAAUUCAUUGAGUGAGCUGCUUUCAUUUCAAAUACAUAUUGACAAACAGGUGAAAGAUUACAGUGGUGGUAACAAACGAAAAUUAAGCACAGCAAUAGCUUUACUAGGCAAUGCACCAGUCAUUUUUCUGGAUGAACCUACUACAGGUAUGGAUCCUGUAUCUCGGAGGUGUUUGUGGAAUGCAUUGUUGCAAGUGGUUCAAGCAGGACGUUCAGUUGUGUUAACUACUCAUAGCAUGGAGGAAUGUGAAGCUUUAUGUAGUCGCUUGGUCAUUAUGGUCAAUGGUCGCCUAUGUUGCUUAGGUAGUCCUCAACAUUUGAAGAGCAAAUUUGGCGAAGGAUUUACCCUUGUGAUCAAAAUCGGUCAACGGGUACUAGGUGAAAUGAAUCCUCUGAAAAGCACGGUCCGGUCUGGUGAUGGUUCAUCUGGUCAUUAUCAAUCUGGUUUCGUGGACACGAUGAAUACUUUGAAACGUGAUAUGGAUGAUGUGAGAGCUUUUGUAGACAGAACUUUUGAGAGCGCUACUUUAAAAAGUGCUCACGAAAAUCUACUUUUAUACCACAUUCCAAGGUCACAUUUAAGUUGGUCAGAAAUAUUUAGGUUGAUGGAAAAUGCUAAAUCAAUGUUCAAUAUAGAAGAUUACUCUGUAGGGGAGACUUCAUUAGAGCAGGUAUUUGUGAAUUUUGCUAUGGGACAAAGAUAAUGUUAUCUUAAAAGCUAGCUCUCAUGACAUUUUAUCUAACACAAGAGGCCAAUUAUUUAUUUUUGACAAAGUCCUAUUUAAUGCAAUGCUUUAUAUACUUAAGUCUGUGGCUUAUGUGUAUUUUCUGAAUAUAUGGUUGUGCUGCUUUAGCAGUUUUAACCAUGCCAAAUAUUUUUUAUUUUUAUUUAAUGAAGAAUAUUUCAUGCUUUUUGUUAAAAACUUAGCAUCAUUAGGAUGUUUUUUUGCUCACAAAUCCUCGGGUUUGCAUCUAAGGUUAUUGUUGUUUCAGCUAUAAAAAAUAUAUCAAUGUUGAGAAAAGUAUUUCUGUAUAUAAUUAGCUUUCUUUAAAAAUUCUAAAGUGAAACAGAUUUUUAUAUAUUCAGUGACAGUUGGAGUUGCUAUAAGUGACUGAACUAAUCAUUGCUUUGUUGUGUUCUUGUGCAUAAAAAUUUAUUAAUUAAAAUGUUCUAUUUAUAUAAAGUCAUCAGGAAGAACAUUUAAUAAUUGAAAUAAUAAGAAAUUGAUAGCAAAUAAAACUAUACUUGUCAUCGUCAUAAAACAGGAUGACAAUAACUUUACAAUUUUUAUUAAGUUUCUUACAUUUUCAGACAAUGAAUUUUUAACUUCUAUUCUUCUUUGAUGUUUUGACUUUAUUAGUGUUGCCUUAUUAAUUAAUGUCAUAAUUUCUUCUUGAUACUUUAAAAUCAUUUAAAUUUCUUGCAGCUGCAAAACUUAGACAUUUACAUUAAUUUCUAAUUAUUGACAAAACUCUGAGCCAUAGACACAUACUCAUUCCGUGCCUUUGCAGUUCUGUUUAUCUUGUUAAAGUUUGUGCCACAUGGUGGCGUUGUUCUGAAAGUGCAUGUGCAUUUUUUUGAAUAAAUAAAAUACAUUUGUA